UAGAUUCAUAUAAUAAUCAAAGAAUUAGGAAAAACAUUCACAUUGGUUGUUUUUCUCUAAGCACGCUUUAACUAAAAUCGAUACUUUGAAUAUUGAACCGUUCUGCAUAAUUAAAACAGAUGUUGCUGGCCUAAGUUAAACGUACUGCAAAAGCUUCCCUGCAGCGAUCAUUUAAGAGAUUUUUUCUUAUUUUUGAAUGGAUAAGGGUGUAAUUACUGCAAUUGUUUUAUGUUCCCUCAUUGUUGUCACAGUAUUCUUAUCGUUAUGCAUACUUUUAUACUGUAAAAGAGUAUAUAUAACAAAUGUAAAGAAGAAUUCAUUGAAAACUACCAGCUAUUCAACAGCUACUGAUCCAGGAAUAUUUGUUGUAUCUAACUCUAGCAGAAGCCAAAACAGUAGAUCUUCUUUUUUACAACGUAACAUUUUAUACGAAAGCAAAAGUCCUAAUAAUUCAUUUUAUCGACCUAAUGUAACGUUCUCUAAAGAAGCUGGCUGUCAGGCUGAUCUAGUUCAAACUGGAAAAUGCAUGCAUUGUCGACAACCAUUUUCCUCUAUUAUUCUAAUUGGAUCUGAGACUGAUGAAAGAACCAAGACUACACCAAUUUCCAACGGGGACGAUGGUCUUAUAUACAUUACGGACGCCCGAUAUGUUAAUAGCGAAAACACUGAUGAAACUGACAGAAUUCGCCCUGAUACAGCUAGCGAAAAUUUAUUAGAAGUCCGUGAAGAGCCCUUUAUACAAUUAAAAACGAAAAAGGAGCAUUCCACACCCUUCAUUGUUGUAAAUAACCACCGAAAUGAUGAAAGAGAUUCUCCUCCUAUUUCGCCAUCCAAUUUCAAUUUAGCAGGUUCGAAUAGAGAAGUUGAAGAGGUUUUCAUAUGUAAUGAUACAGUGACUGAACAUAUCAAUACUCCAUUGUAAUAUUCUUCUAUUGACCCUUAUUGUGUAAAAAAUGGUUACUUUCUUCUUUUCACUAAUUUGUUUUUACUAAGAGGAAACCAAUUUAGUAUCUCUUUACUACUUUCUAUCAAUA